UAUGGCGGCCCCCGGAACGGCUGAGGCGUGUAGCAGAGGAUGACGCUGGCGGCGGGGUCUCGGCUGGGGCGCCGGCUGAGCGGGCCGGGGCCGUGGCGCGGACACUGGACGGCGGCCGGGCGCUCGCGGAGCCGGCGCGAGACGGCGGAGGCCGAGGCGGACGCGCCCGUGUUCCAGUACGUGGGCGAGCGCGCGACCCGCGCCGACCGCAUUUUCGUGUGGGGCUUCAGCUUCUCCGGGGCGCUGGGCGUGCCCACCUUCGUGCUGCCCGGCUCCGGGCCCCAGCCCCGCGCCGGCUCGCGGCCGCACCGCAGGAUCCAGGCCGUGCCCUACCGCCUGGAGCUGGACCAAAAGAUUACAUCUGCUGCCUGUGGCUAUGGAUUCACAUUGCUGUCCUCUAAAACCAAGGAUGUUACGAAAGUUUGGGGUAUGGGGCUCAACAAAGAUUCUCAGCUUGGAUUUCACAGGAGCCGGAAAGAUAAAACGAGGGGAUAUGAGUAUGUUUUGGAGCCCUCGCCCGUCCCACUGCCACUGGACAGACCUCAGGAGACGCAGGUGCUGCAAGUCUCCUGCGGCAGAGCCCACUCUCUCGUUCUGACAGACAGCGAAGGAGUCUUCAGCAUGGGGAACAAUUCUUAUGGGCAGUGUGGAAGAAAAGUGGUUGAAAAUGAAGUUUACAGCGAAAGUCACAAAGUCCAUAGGAUGCAGGACUUCGAUGGACAGGUGGUCCAGGUCGCCUGCGGUCAGGACCAUAGUCUGUUCCUGACGGAUAAAGGAGAAGUGUAUUCUUGUGGAUGGGGCGCGGAUGGGCAAACAGGUCUGGGUCACUACAAUAUCACCAGCACACCCACCAAGCUGGCUGGAGACCUUGCCGGAGUGAACAUUGUCCAGGUGGCCACCUACGGGGACUGCUGCCUGGCUGUGUCGGUCGAUGGCAACCUCUUCGGGUGGGGGAACUCCGAGUACCUGCAGCUGGCCUCUGUCACGGACUCCACACAGGUGAACGUCCCCCGGCGCUUGCCCUUCUCAGGAGUCGGGCAGGUGAAGCAGGCUGUGAGUGGGGGGACAGGCUGUGCUGUAUUGAAUGGAGAAGGACAUGUUUUCGUCUGGGGCUACGGAAUUCUUGGGAAAGGACCAAACCUCAUGGAAACUGCCCUUCCAGAAAUGAUUCCACCCACUCUCUUUGGCUUGACGGAGUUCAACCCAGGAGUCCAGGUUUCCCGCAUUCGCUGUGGACUCAGCCACUUCGCCGCCCUCACGAACAGAGGAGAGCUGUUUGUGUGGGGCAAGAACAUCCGAGGGUGCCUGGGAAUCGGUCGCCUGGAAGACCAGUACUUCCCAUGGAGGGUCCUACCUUGGUCCUUGAACCCCUUGCUCUGGGGGAAGCCAGGCACCGUACGACGGGGACACUCAAGCAGCGGAGACCCAUGUGGAUAGGAACAGGCUUCCUGCUGACAGCCAGGCCCACCUUGCCAGCCAUGUGGAUUAAGCACCUUGGAAAGAGACCCUGGAGCCCCAGCCGGGCUUCAGAUGCCUGCAGCCUCGAGAGAGACUCUGAGCCCACGCUGCUCAAACUGCUCCCAAGUUCCUAACCCACCAAGACCAGGACACACAAAUAAUCAUUUUAAGCCUUACAUUUUGGGGCAACUUGUUAUACAGCACCGGGUAACUUAUACAGGCCCUCUCGUUCCUAACCCACCAAAACCAGGACACACAAAUAAUCAUUUUAAGCCUCACAUUUUGGGGCAACUUGUUAUACAGCACCGGGUAACUUAUACAGUCCCUCUCGUCCUCAGGGCUAUUUCCUCUCUCGGCUUCUUGCUUUGGCUCCUCCCAGCUCCUGGCCUGUGUUCCCCCACCCACGGUAUGGAGAAGGGAGAGAGAUGAGACAUAGCCCUGGAUCAGCACAAAAUCAGACAGCCGUCAGCCAACAUCAUUUUUUUUCUUCCAUUUUAAUGAACACUUUACAAAGUACAAAAUAUACUGUCUUUUUUGGGGGGAACAUUCGGUACUUUUUUUUCUCUCCGCCAUACAGUACAUGAAUCUCAAGGGUUUUGUGUUUUUUCAAGAAAGAAGGAAAGUGUGAGGGCCUGGGGUACAGGGCUGCCCCGUUCUCCCCUCGCCCAGACCUUGGGACAGAUGCAAGUGCCGUUGCUACUGCUGGUGACCCGGGGCGUGCCAGGGGAGGGCCAGACCCCCAGGGCGAAACCCUGGGCAGGGCAGAGGCCCCUCUGAGCCCUGCUGUGCAGCCAACAUCCACUCACCCCCAUCUCAGGGUAACGGAAAUGAUUUUGGCAAAGAGCAAGGAGGGCUUGGGGUUUUGUUUGCUGUUAGCUCCUCCCCACCCCCAGUUUUGGAGCCAACCCUGCCUAGCUCUUCCUGGACCAUUUUCUGAACAGGUAAACUGAAGCAGUGGACAGGAAAACGCACUGGGCUUGGCCUCUGCCUUGGGACCUGAAUUUGGCCUGUUUUUCACCCACCCCACCGGCCCUCCGCUCCGGUUUCCAACUUUGUUGGCUGCUCUUCAUGGACGAGCCCCAGUAGGCGAAGGGGCACCAGCCCCCAGAACCCCUCCCUGUAAAUACUGUCUUCAGGACUGGCUGCUUCUGAGGAGUCCGUCCAGCAGGUCUAGCCCUUGGCUGCAUGGACCUCCGGGCCUCU